AUGACUACCACAGCUGCCGUCGAAGCGUCAAAAUUGGACCGUACCGAUCCCAGAGUGCGAAAACUUGUGUACAACAUGUACAGAAACGUUUUGGGGAAUUAUAACGAUAAAGCCAACGCUAUGUUGGACGCGUUGCCUGAACACCAGGUGACCCAAGACCAAGGGAUCGAUCGACAGCUAUCCAGUAUAUUGCAUCAAAUAGGAGUGAAAGACUUAGCCGCUGGAGAUAUGUCCGCACCACCCCCGCCAGCGCCGCCACCACUGCAAUAUUCUGGAGGAACAACUCAAGGUGGUCCACCCCCACCGCCACCUCCACCAAUGUUGCACAGUGGACACAUUCCAGCUAUUAGAAUAAAAACUGAGCUGAAUGAACCUAGAGAAAUACCAUCAACCAUACAAAAUGCAAUGGCUACCAAAGACAAAAAACCAUUUACGUAUCUUCCAGGUGGAUUAGACUUGAGCGAGAUCAGAAGUCCUCGAAUGCAAAGGCGCUUAGAAAGAAAUGCCCAGACUCCACCUAGCCCGGAACAUGUACCUCAAAAAUCUCCUGACUAUCAGCAACAACAAGAGGUGAAACCAAACUUUGAAUACAAACCAGUGUGUAACGUGCGACCUGCCUCGGAAAGGGUGUGCCUGUUGCCCCAAGUUCAGCAUCAACCACAGCUGAAUAAGUCGCCCACUCCUUGGAUGCAGAAGGCUGCACAAAUUCAACCCUCCCCAGCUCCGUGGACCCAAAAUAAAAAAGAAUAUGUUGAUCAGGUUGAUAAAUCAGAAGAACGAGCUGUACCAGUGCGAGUUGAAAUGAAUAGACAAAUACCAACACAACCAUUGAAGAAUAAUACAAACCACUCAUAUGAUUCUGAACCGAUACAAGGACGUUCAUUUAAAGUGCUCCAACAAAUUACCGAGCCAAAAGGCGUGCUUUAUGAUGGUACUCAGCCCUAUAACAGCCAGUCAUUACCCUUAUCGGAACUCAGAAAGUUGCAGUUAAGUGAUGACGACCGAUCUUUCAUGAACAGGGUUAAAUCUCAAGUUGACGAUGAUAAAUUUUUACACAACGAAACGGACCCUCGUUACAAAGGUGCGUCGAUUCCGUCUAGAAGCUUUCGAAUGUUGCAAACAUUAACGAACUCUGCACCUGUUCCGAUGGAUAACAACUACAAACAAUCGGUACCGAUAAACAAUUACGUAUCAGUUGAACCUAUAGAAUCCAAAAUGUAUGUACCACCGUCAGAGAGACCUGUCGGCUCAGAACCGCAUAAGUAUACCGGUGGCUCUAUACCAUCCAGAUCAUUCAGGAUGUUACAAGCUAUGACUGGCCAAAAUAACGGUAAUUUAGGUGAAUCUGACUUCUGA